AUGGCUAAGAGACGUAGAAAUGAUGAUGAUGACGAGGGAGAGGAAAGACAUAAUAUACGACUCCCUGGUCUGCUUUUAGAACAAAUCAAAACUAAAGAAGAUAAGGGUGAUUAUGAAGAAGAUAAUUCAAGAUAUACCAAGUUUGAUCAUAGUAAGAAGAAAAGUAAAGGAGGUCCUAAAUUAACCAGAAAGGAACAACGUAAACAGGAUAGAAAAGAUAAAAAGCAAGAAAAAUCAGUUAAAAAGUCUAAGGGUAAAAAUCCAACUGCUCAAAAAGUGAAUAAAAGUAAUAGACAUGAGCAAGAGGUUAAAGAUCCAUUAGCAGCUUUGAAAGCAUUAAAGGAAGCUAAAAGGUCUAAAUCUAAUGAUCCUUUGAGUGAAUUGAAGAGAUUGAAAGAAUUGAAAAAUGGAAGUUCAAAGAAGUCCGACGUUAGAGUUGUGAAAGAGGAUGAUUUAGAUGAUGAUGAUUUAUCUGAUUUCGAUGACUUUGAAGACGAUGAAGAGGAACAAGAUGAUGAACAAGACCCAAUUGCAUUACUCAAAGCAUUAAAGGAAAAGAAAGGUAAAUCUACAACAAAUGCAUCUGAUAUAAAAAUAGUAAAAGAAGAUGACUUAAAUGACGAUGAAUUAAGUGAUGACUUUGAUGAAGAUGAAGAUAUUUCAGAUGAUCUCAAUGAAGAAGAUCUAGAAGAUGAGGAUGACGAUGAUGAAGAACUAACUGAAGAAGAAGAAGAAGAAGAAGAAGAAGAAGAAGAAGAAGAUCAAGAUGAACUUGAUUUUGAUGAUGAAAAUAUAGAAGAGAAUGAUGACGAAGAUAUCAAUGAAGACGAAGAAGAUAUAGAAUACGAACAGGAUCCGUUGGCAAAAUUAAAAGCAUUAAAAGAAGCUAAGAAAUCCAAGAAAAGCAAAAAGAAGAGUGAACAAGAGGAAGACUUUGCUACCCCAUAUGAUGACGAUAUCAUAGACAGAGAUGAUAAUGACAUGAGCUACUAUGCAAAGAAAUUAGGAUUAAAGCAAGGUAAGAAGUCAAAAUUAAGUAAAACAGAUGACGGUGAUGAAAUAGGAGGAUUAUUAGAUGGUCUUGAUUUUGAUUUUUCCAACAGUGAAAAAGAAGAUGACUCUGAAGAAUUCGACGAUUCAGAUGAAGAUGAUGAUGAUGAAUCUGAAGUUGAGAGAGAAAAUCCAUACGUUGCUGUGGAUAAGAACAGCAUCGAAGACGAUAACGAAGACGAUAUCGAAGGAGAUGCCCCCACAACAAAAUAUAUCCCUCCCGCAUUGCGUAGAAGAAUGGCUGCUGAAGCUAGUGGUGUUUCAGAAGAAGUUCUUAACCUUAGAAAAGCUAUUAAAGGUCCAUUGAAUAGAUUAUCAGAAGCUAACGUUGGAACAAUUGUGAAUGAUAUUAACGGUUUAUAUUUAUCCAAUCCUAGACAUACAGUUAAUGAAGAAUUAACAACCAUUAUUUUGGAUAAUAUCAUUCAACAAGGAAGAUUAUUAGAAAAUUUUGUUUAUUUACACGCCGUGAUGGUAGUUGCCAUUUAUAGAAUUCAAGGAGUGGAAUUUGGUGCAUACUUUGUUCAAGUAUUAGUUGAGAAAUUUGAACAAUUUUCUAAGGAGGCCGAUAAAGAUAAACAAGCUUCCAAUAUAAUUUCAUUAUUAUCCUCAGUUUAUCUCUUUCAAUUAGUUUCUUCCAAAUUAUUAUAUGAUAUUAUCAAGGUAUUGAUAAAUAAUCUUGAUGAACAAAAUGCUGAAUUAUUAUUACGAUUAAUCAGAACAUCAGGUAAUCAAAUGAGAUCAGAUGACCCAAGUGCUUUAAAAGAAAUCAUUUUGAUGAUCAAUGCAAAAGUUAAAGAAUUGCCAAAGGGUGACGUAUCCACCAGAAUGGAAUUCUUAAUUGAUACCAUAAGUUCAUUAAAACAAAACAAAUUAAAAAUAGCCAAUGAAGCCAAUGUUCAAUUAAGUAUAAGAUUAAAGAAAUUCUUAGGUGGUAUCAAUAAUAAUAAAUUCAGUGAUCCAAUUAGAGUGUCUCUUGAUGAUGUUCAUAAUAUUGAAACUAAAGGUAAAUGGUGGUUAGUCGGUUCUGCCUGGAAGGGUGAAGAUGAUACUGAAAAGGAAAAGAAUGUCGAUGAAGCUGUAUUAAAUGAUAUUUUGGAUAAUGCCGAACCUAAUUGGAUGGAACUUGCUCGUUCACAAAGAAUGAAUACUGAUAUAAGAAGAGCAAUUUUUAUCUCAAUUAUGUCUGCUAAUGAUUAUGUUGAUGCAUUAACAAAAUUAGACAAGUUAGCUUUAAAACGUUCCCAAGAGAGAGAAAUUCCUCGUGUAUUGAUUCAUUGUACAGGUGUUGAACCUGCCUGGAAUCCAUACUAUGGUAUUUUAGCUAAGAAAUUAUGUGAUAGUCAUAAUUAUAGAAAGACUUUCCAAUUCAUGCUUUGGGAUUUAGUUAAAGAGUUCGAAGGAUCAAAUGGUGAUGACGAGGAAGACUUCCUUGGAUUUGACUAUGACGGAGAUGAUAGUGAUGUCAAACUUAAAAGAGUUUUGAACUUAGGUAGAUUCUUUGGUUAUUUGAUAGCUGAGGAAGCUAUUCCUAUCCAUUUGUUAAGAACCAUUAACUUCUUGACAGCAUCAAGUGAUACAGUCUUAUUUAUGGAAGUAUGCUUUGUAACAUUCUUGGAUAAUGUUGGAAAGAAAUCACAAAUUAAUGCUGUUGGUGGUGGUUUAAGUAAGAAGUCAGGAAAUAAUUCAGAACAAAAAUUUGAUGAUAGAAAGUUGAUUGAAAUAGUCAUUAAGGCCCGAGAACAAAUUACACUUUUAAGAGGGAUUCAAUAUUUCUUACAAGAAAAAGUUAAAAACAGUACUAUAAUAUCAGGUAAAAAGCAACAACGUAGGGUUACAUGGGGUAUCAAUGCAUUAAGUGAUAUCGUAGAAGAAUUUGCAUCUUCAAAAGAUGAUUAA